AUGUCGCGGCCAUCUGAAUCAUGUGAGGAUUCGGAUUUUUCUGAACAAAGCGGUCGACCGACGGAAGCAGUUAGGGCAAAACUUGGCCACAUAACGAGGAGACAAGAAUCUGAACGAUCUCAUGCAAAUAAGACAGAUUCAGGUGAAGAUUCAGACGCAGAAGAACAGGAAUCUGAUGCAGGCGGAAUUGGAGCGGCAAGAUUCGAAAUCCCAGAAAGAGAUGAAGAUUUGUUAACGAAUUCGCUUAACGCGUUCAUGGUGUCUAAGGACUCGAUCACACUGGAGACGGCAAUGAAAGUCAUACGGAAUUUCGAAAGCGCUGUUGACGAUGACGACUACGGUGCAAUCUACACCUAUUUUGACGAUCUCUUUAAUAUCUGCAGAAUCGAGUCUACAAUAAGAAAGUGGAAUAUUUGGUUGGAUCUGAUUCAGACGUUAAUCAAAGCAUUUAAUGCGUUCAAGCCCGAUUUGGUAAAUGCCCUCUGUCACGCUGUGAGCGCCGGAGAAGUUCUACCAAAAAAUUUGGCAGAAGUGUGCGCAGAUCGCGUAGAAGUUCUACAAAUGCUCAUCUAUCUCAUCCAGAGACUUACGUUUCAUUUGGAAGGGGCUGUAAUAAAACGCGCGUAUCGUGAUUUGGGUGUAGAAACAGAAGGAAAUGAAAUUGAAUUCGGUGAAGAAGGGGAUACAUUCAACAGCGACCUAGUUGUAUGGAAGGAACUGCGCCCUCAGAUUAUUGAUAUUAUCGGCUUUAUAUGCUGUAUAAAUAUACCACGUGGCAACGGUGAAUCAGUAGAAAAUGCGAUCAAAUAUCUUUGGCGACCUGUGGAUGCAAAUAUACAGUUACUCAGAGCUCUAGCUUCCAUAAUAAUCAAGUUUGUGGCACAUCCACGUUUUGCGAAAUCGAGCUCUAGCGCAGAACUCCGGCAGUUAUUCGAACAUCUGCGUCCGAUAUGCGUAGACUACAAGCUCGCAAGUGAAGUUGCUCGGAUUAUAGUCAAAGCGAGCAUACAUUUCGAAUAUCUCAAUGAUCCUCGCGUUACGGACUAUCCUUUUGUUGAUCCUAUCAAAAAGCUUUCGAUCGACGGCGAUAUGGAUCAGAUGAUGUCUCACAUGCUCUACUUUGUGGGAAUGCUACGUACUCGCGAAACUUCAGCGCAGUCAGUCCCGAAACCUCUUGCCUUGUUGAUUCAGAAAAUUGCUCAAUGUGCUCCGCUAACGUUUUUUGAGAACAUUCGUAGUGUCUUACCAUUCCUCGAAUACGAUCCGCCAACAAUGCGUAGUGCUAUCCUUGGAGCUUUUUGUGAUGUCAUCUGUGGCCCAGACAUGAAACCUCGCUAUUUGCGGCCAGGUCGUGAUGCACGCAAAGUUCGUGAUAUAAUGGCUGACCAGCUGCAGGCUCAUCUUGCUGACUCCAACCUCCAAGUGCGAACACAAGCUUUGAACUGUUGGGUGGUCAUUGCAAAUAAUCGAAGAGUUCCCUUCGAUUCCCUCAAGAAAGGGCUUGUCUAUGCUGUUGCUGAACGGCUUCAUGAUAAAUCAGCAAAUACUCGCAAGGUGGCGAUGCAGUUCCUCGUGCUGUAUCUGCUUCUGAACCCCUACGGGAAAAGUCUGGACUUCGAGAGAUUAAGUUUAACCUGUGAGAAACUUAAUGCACACAAAGAGCGUAUCAAGCUUAUUGAUCCUGAUCGUCCUGGCUUCUUUGUAGUAAUGGAUCGCUUCAAAUCUCUUGAGCCUAAAAUAAGGGCAACACUGAAAUCCAUAAUAGAAAGCAAAGCAUAUGAGAACGAUAGCGAGGGCAUUGAAAAUGAACCAUUUGAAAGCCUUAUUGCACUUUUGGUGGACAUGAUUGAGGUAUCGAUGAGGGAUUCUCUUUGUGUGCUUGUGAAGCUUCUCUACCUGGGACGUUUUAAGGAUAUUGAUCUUAAUCUACCGUUGAACGAUUUGAUCGAUGCGUUAGUCCGUGAAUUUGAAAGAUUUUAUGUGUCUAUACAUAUCAGCCGUAUCGGUGACUCUUUUGGAGAACAGCUACUGCAAGAAAUGGAGGUUGCAUAUGAAGAAAAUAUGGAUCUUGUUGAGCAUGCGCUCAGAGUUACUCAGGAAAAGAUGGUGUUUGCCGAGCAGAUGGCGCUCGUUUUUCCAGUCCUUGCUGACUCCCUAAAACAGAACGGAUUCACGGAUGUGAGCUAUGCAGUCACAUUCUGUGCUACCUGUGAAAGAUUUGGAAUAAGAAAUGCGGCGUGCGCAUUGUACGACUUCUACAACUUGGGGAAUCCAACGCUGUCCGCUGAAGUUCUUAGCACUGUCAUGUUGCUAUUCAUAAAGAGAAAGGACAGGAAUAGCAAAGGUGAAAUCGACAUUGUGGAAACAGCUAAUGCUUUAAUAACAAGACUGAUAAAGAAAGACAAAAUUAUCAACGAAGCGGAACCAGCUUUCUGCAAGUAUCCAGCUAUGGUUGUGCUAGCCUUGUUUGCAAGGGUCGAUCCCAGGACAAUGCGUGAAUACCUGCGUGAUUUUCAAAGAUGUUUGCGGUCAAUGGAUGUGCUUGUUGCGAUGAUUCUAUCCGAUGACGCUACUGUGGAGUCGAAGUACUGGUAUGUAAGCAUGCGAAAUUGCAUGAAGGCGCUUAUUACCCUUUCCAGUGAUGUGGACUAUGCAGUUUCAAGAGUUUUCGGGAAGGCACUGUGGUACGCUCAUCGUGCUGCACAACUGCUCAUCCUGUAUAAAGAAGAGCCACCGGAAGAACUCAGUACUGACUUCGUCAAAGCUCGGAAAGGUUAUUUCAACAUAGCUUGGCAACGGACAGUAGAGCGUGUUUUGAUGUUUUUCGGUGAUGCCAUCGAGUUUGUUUUGGUCCAUAUUGACAACUACUUCCCGAGAUUGCUGAAACGUGCUAUGGCUUUGGAUGAAGCAGCAGCCGAGCAACUGGAAGAACCAACCGAGGCAUAUGCCGACUACGAUAAGCCUCAUUCUGAUGUGGAAAUGGAUUUCGCCUAUCGAGAAGGACUGUUUGCCAGAACUAUUGCUUCUAUUGCAAAAAUGAAAUCAGAUAAUGGUGAUUCAUUAGAGUCUGAAGCUGAUUCAGAGAGGUCAGACAAACCGUCAGUUUCCGGAGAUGAUGAAGAUGAUGACGACUCUAAUCGUCCAUCCACCGAAGAACUCAUUCGCACACGUACCCAAGCAUUGUUCCAAACGCGACUGCUGCAUAAAACUGGAGUUAUUGGCCGAUGUCUGGCGUUGGUUGUGUUUUUUAUUCGGUGCCCUGGCAUACCAGAAGAAAUUCGAAAUGCAGCAUUGAGAGCCUUUUCCAAGUUCCUUCUGAUCAGUCCCCAGCUCACUGAGAGAGCGAGUCCCACCUUCUUCACAUUCAUUUGCUGUCAUCCUGAUCCUCAAAUGAAGGAAUAUUUGUUAGCUGCCGGUGUGGAUGUUAUGUAUCGGUUUCCUGCUAUGCUAGAGGGUCACUCUCUGUCCCUCUUUGAAAUGCCCAUGGACGCUGAUCCAAACGUACGUAUCACUUCUUUGUUGUAUCUAACAUACCUACUUACUCAUGAUGUUCUAAAGCCGAGAGGUACACUGUCUGAUACAGCUCUAUGUAUGCUGAACAGGAAACGUUCCGACGGAAAGGAGGAAGACUGUUCAAACGACGAAAGAGAAGUUUCUGUGUUAGCCACUGAGCUUUUCCGUGAGCUUUCUCGGAAGGGUAACUUACUAGUAAAUGUACUGCCUGAUCUCAUCUGCAGAAUUUGUCGUUGGGAAGAUCAAGUUCCUCUCAAGGCGUUCAAAUAUCUUGUCAAGCGACUUUUAUCUAUGGUGGAAGAUAAGCCUUUGGAUGUGGUUGUUGAAAAAAUGUGCCAGAGGUUCGAAUUUUGCAAGAGAAGGGAAGCCACAGAGCAUAAUGGGCACAUUGUGUACUACUUCUCCUAUUUCAUCUCGCAGUUGACAUUGACUGAUAAUUCAUUUUACAAGCGUGAUGCCGAAGAGUUCUUGCGUAAGAUGGAAUUUCUACACGUGAAAUCCACGUUAUCCGAUGAGGAAAGAGAUAGAAUGAGUAAAGCACUCGAUAAAGACGGAAAUCCAAUUAUGUUCACUUUCGCUGACUGCGAUGAACCUAUUGAAUACGACGAUAGCUAA